GGGCACAUGUACUCGCGUCGGUGGGUCUACUACGUGGCCAUCAUCGUCAACCUUGUCCUCUGCUUCUCGUGGACACUGGCGCUGAUCCCGCCGGACGUCGGGUUCUUUGGCACGCUCCUCUUGGAUUUGCAGCCGAUUACGCUCUUCAUGGAGCCGAUGCGCCGCACCAUGUGGAGCUGUCUGGCGAUGGAGAAUGAGCAUUUGCGCAACACGUUGGGCUUCCGGAAGGAACACUUUAUCCCGCUGCACUUUGACCGGCCGCCCUCGCCCACAGAGCGGAAGCCAACGUACGCGUUCCGGAUCGCGGCCUUGAGCGCUGUCGUGCUCUGCCUCAGCGCCGCUGCCAUUCUCUUGGGCUAGGGUUGGUAGAAAUUGCCAAGAGGAGCUCACUUGACCGACGAAAACGCUCCAACAAUCGAG